AUGGGGAUAAACAUAGAAGUAUCUGCAGGAGAAACUUUGAAUCCAAGAGACAAGAGUGUAGCAUGUUUUUAUCUGCUAGCCUUUGCAUUGGUCCCAGGAGAGGAUGUUGACAAUUGGGAUUGGUUUACGUGCAAUCUUAGCAGCAUUGUUGAUGACCGUCCUAUCACCUUUUUGUCUGAUCGUGAUGAAGGAUUGUUGAGGGCUAUUCCUAAACACUUUCCUACUUACCAUCAUGGCUAUUGUUACUACCACUUGCAAGGAAACUUACCAAUCAGGAAAUCGGACGAGAAGUACAAAGAAGUUAUGGCUUGUUUCAAAAAAGAAACUUAUGCUCUCACACCAGCAAGAUAUGAAGAAGCACUAAUAGAAAUGGAUUUAAUGGGAAGGCCUGGGGUUGCUGAGUAUUGCCGCAAUAUGCCUAGGGAACAUUGGUCCAGCGCGUUCUUCACUGGCUGUAGAUUUGGUCAGACUACAUCAAGCGUUGCUGAGUCCUUCAAUAAUUGGAUUCGGAAAGACAAGAGGUUGCCUGCCUGCGCCCUCGUUGACAUGAUCAGGUUACGCGUUAUGGAGUUGAUGAAUGAACGUCGCGAAAUGAGUCUUUUGAUGGACCCAGAGAAGCUCACUCCUACCUACGAGGCGUUACUUAAAGAACAUAUUCAAAUUGGUCGAGUUUGGAAUGUUACUCAGUCAUCUGCGUAUGAGUAUGAGAUUCAUUCGCCUAGGUCUCACACUGUUGAUCUGCUGAACAAGACUUGCACCUGCCAAAGAUGGCGUGUUUAUGAUUAUAUCGAAGACUACUUCAAAGUUACAAAUUUUCAGCAGCUGUAUUCAAUUGCUAUCAGACCAAUCCCUAACUACAACAGGCCAGAGCAGUAUCUGCCAGAGGAUACUAUUUUUCCACCCCAUCCACGAGUUCCACCAGGUAGGCCAAAGAGUGCUGAAAUUAUGUACUGUUUGAUAUCUUUCUGGGACAAGGUUGAUUUCCAAGUUUGUUCAAGACUUUCUGAGCACAACUAUUAUGUACUGUGUGUUCAAUUAAGACACACCAAACAAAGAGACCAGCUCUGA